AUGAGUCGCCACCAGUCGAACCCUGCCAAGAUGACCUUACGGUUCAGCCACAUCACCUCCGUCCUCUUCAUCUUCCUGGCUCUAAGCUACGUGUGCUUAGCUGCCCCCAGUGAGCCCCAGCACCCUGGAGACCAAGCCUCGCCGGAGCAGCUUGCCAAGUAUUAUUCAGACCUUUGGCAGUACAUCACCUUCAUCACCCGUCCCAGAUUUGGAAAAAGAUUGGAUGAUUUUUGGGUUGAGUACAACCCGAACUAGCAAACCUUGAAGGGAGAUCCACAUGGAGUUCUUCGAAAAGAAAGGGGAUCCUCAAACCGACCCUGGACCCCUGUACUAUCGUGCAGUUCUUUGUGUUAUAUAAAACCCCCCAUAACCUGAUGAAUAAAGGAGAUGAGAUUCAGUAAUUAGCGCA